AUGGCAACAGCGUCGGGGAUCACGGUCGUCCUUAACUGCAAGGAUGUUGUAUACGACAGGCACUGGCUGGCCGUAGAAUACAUCUGGGUCCUCGUUCCCUACAUGACCUACGACAUUUACGUCAUGUACCUCUGCCACUGGCACAAGAGCCGGGACAGGGGAGUGACAGAGGAGAAGCACUCGCUGGCCAGCGUGCGGAGCUUCCUCCUGCAGGAGCGGCUGAUGGUGACCCACCACCUCUUCAUCCUCGUCGUGCUCACUCCCGUCACCCAGCACUUCAGGGGAGAACUGGGGGACUUCUUCGUGGGCUGCAUCUUCAUAGCAGAGCUGAGCACGCCUUUCGUAUCGCUGGGCAAAAUCCUCAUGCAGCUCAAAAUGCAGGACACCCUCCUGCACAAGGUGAACGGGAUCCUCAUCCUGGUGACCUUCUUCCUCUGCCGUAUUCUCCUCUUCCCCUUCAUGUACGCGGCCUACGCCAGGCAGGUGGGAAUCCCCAUUUACAUGGUGCCUUUCCGCAUCCCCCUGCACUGCAACAUAGCCAACGCCUCCCUCAUCGCCCCCCAGCUCUACUGGUUCAGGCUCAUCUGCCAUCCGGAACAGCCGUGUGCACAGCUAUUCCCGCUGGAAAAUUACGAGCGGCUGUUCCUACCCGUCUUCACACGGCCCCGCCACUGCUUAGACAGGAUGGAAGAAAACACGGCAGCAGGGAAGUAA